AUGGGAAAAAAUGUGAUCUUUACGUUGCUAACAAUUCCUUCUUUGCUUAUCUACGUUGUUGCAUCUCUCAAUAGCUCCACCGAUGAGUUUGCUCUUUUAACCUUCAAAUAUCAAAUUUCUGAUCCAAAUAAAAUAUUGGCAAAAAAUUGGUCACAAAGAACCUCUUUCUGUUAUUGGAUUGGUAUUACUUGCGGCAGAAGACAUCAAAGAGUUAGAGGCAUACAUCUAACAAAUAUGGGUUUGCAAGGCACUAUUGCAAAAGAGAUCGGUGAACUUUCUUUUUUGAGAUCCUUGAGUAUUAGCAACAACAAUUUCCAAGGAUUUAUCCAUCAUGAAGUGGGUAAUUUGAUACAACUUCGAGAAAUAGAAAUGCAAUGCAAUGAGCUAAUCGNCAACAAUUUCCAAGGAUUUAUCCCUGAUGAAGUGGGUAAUUUGAGCCAGCUUCGAGAAAUAGAAAUGCAGUACAAUGAGCUAAACGGUUCCAUUCCAUCAAGCUUUGGAUUUCUUGUAAAUCUACAAAAGUUAAACCUCUCCCAUAACAUACUAAACGGGGAUAUUCCUAACAAGAUUUUCAAUAUCUCUUCUUUGAUAGAAAUUGAUUUAGGGGACAAUAGUCUCUCCGGGCAUCUUCCAACAGAUAUCUGCACCAAUCUUCCAAAGCUAGAGAAGCUAAAAAUUACACAGAAUCAAAUAAGUGGCAACAUUCCUCCGAGUUUGGGAAUGUGCAUGAAUCUUGAACAUCUUUUUCUAUCGAAGAAUAAUUUCUCUGGAAACAUUCCUAUGGAAAUUGGGAACUUGCCAAAGCUUCAAAUUCUCUAUCUAGGAAGCAAUGAUUUGAUAGGAGACAUACCUUCGACCAUCUUUAAUAUCUCUUCUCUCCUGAAAUUAUCAAUCGGAGGUAACAAAAUUUCUGGAAAGUUUCCGGAAGAUCCAUGCAACCGACUUACGAUGAUUGAAUUGUUAAACCUUGGUGAAAACAAAAUUCACGGAGAGAUACUUCCAAGUAUAUCGCAGUGUCGUGCACUUCAAAUUCUAGACAUCUCUUACAAUGAGUUCACGGGAAGUAUUCCAAAUGAAAUUGGAACCUUAUCAGCACUUCGAGUGUUAGAUUUCACAGGCAAUAACUUCAUAGGAAAUAUUCCAAGUGAAAUUGGAAACUUAUCAGCACUUGUACGUUUAUACUUGGUAGAAAACAGCUUCAAUGAAAACCGCUUCAAUGGAAGCAUUCCAUCAGAAAUUGGAAACUUAUCAGCACUUCAAUUUUUAUAUUUGAAAUCAAACAUCUUGACAGGUACAAUUCCAUAUUCAAUUGGCAGUUUAUCAAAUUUGAAGGAAUUGCAAAUUGGUAACAACAGUCUUCAUGGUCAAAUGCCUCAAUCCAUCUUCAAUCUCUCCAUGUUGCAAAUACUUGGUUUUUCAUUAAAUAAUAUCUCUGGCAAUCUACCAUCAUCAAUAGCCAGUGGGCUCCCUGAUCUCCAAGAACUCUAUUUUGGUGGCAAUCAAUUGAGUGGAGAAAUUCCUGGUUGGAUUUCAAAUUGUUCUAAGCUUAUUUAUUUGCAGCUUAGUAACAACUCGUUCAGUGGACGUGUACCCAUUAAUCUUGGGAAUUUACAAGACCUACAAAAUCUAAACAUAGAAAAUAAUCACUUGACAAAUGAUCCUUCAAUGUUGGAUUUGGAUUUUCUAUUAUCGUUGACUAAUUGUAGACACUUGACGGUCAUAGCGUUUGGUCAGAAUUUUUUUGAUGGAAUGCUUCCAAAAGUUUUGGGUAAUUUUUCGACAUCGCUUCAAGUGUUCCAUGCUUAUUCUUGUGGCAUCAAAGGUGUAAUUGCAAGUGAAAUUGGCAACAUGAGCAACUUGAUCAAGCUAGAUAUGGGAGGCAAUGAGUUCACGGGAAAAAUUCCUGAUGCGUUCAGUCAAUUGAGGAAGUUGCAAGCGUUGUCUCUUGAUGACAAUAAACUGCAUGGGUCAGUACCUGACAACCUGUGCAAUUUGGAGAAUCUUUAUCUCCUAGAUUUGGGGAAGAAUCAGCUCUCUCAGCAGCUACCGAAUUGUAUAGGAAAUCUUUCUUCUUUAAGCGAACUUUAUUUAGCUUCCAACUCAUUGACUUCAAUCAUCCCACCGACCAUAUGGACUAACACGGAACUUCAAAUAAUGGACCUGUCAUAUAAUUUUCUCAAUGGUUCACUGGCUCCAGAAAUUGGCAGCAUGAUGGGAAUGAGACAGUUAGAUCUAUCAAGAAAUCAGUUCUCAGGCGAGAUUCCAAGCACUAUUGGGAAACUUCAGAAUUUGAUAUAUCUGGCAUUGUCAAACAACCGGUUAAAUGGUCCUAUACCUGAGUUGAUUGGUAAUUUGAUUGCAUUGCAAACUUUGGAUCUAUCUUAUAACAAUCUCAAUGGAGUAAUCCCCAUGUCAUUGGCGAAACUUGAGUACCUUGAGUAUUUCAAUGUUUCGUUCAAUGAUCUCACUGGUGAAAUUCCAAAUGGAGGGCCUUUUAGGAACUUUACCUCAGAGUUUUUCAUAGGCAAUAGAGAAUUAUGUGGAGCACCUCAAUUUAAGGUCAAGUCAUGCAAAGAUAAUAGAACCAGAUUAACUGUCAAGACCAAAGUUUUGAAGUACAUUUUACCAUCAAUUGUUGUGGCAUUGAUUCUAGCCAUUAGUUUAGUUUAUUUAAUAAGACGCCGUAGCAGAAAUACACUUAUUCCAGCUCAGUCUACUUUCCCCAUCACCGUCAGGAGGAUUUCGUAUUAUGAAGUUCUAAAUGCUACCANUCAAGAGGAUUUCAUAUUAUGA